CAUUUGCAGAGAGUAGAAUAUGGACUGGCAAGGGCUCGGUGGGCAAUACGAGAAGCAGCUCGAACACGAACAUAUGGUUCUUUCAAAGAUAGCGACUUUCUUCCCUCUGGAUCUCUCUACCUAAACCCUUAUGCCUUUCACCAGAGUCACAAAGAAAUGGAGAAGCGUUUCCGGAUAUGGGUGUACAAGGAAGGAGAGGCACCCAUAUUCCACAAUGGACCAUUAAAUGAUAUAUACUCGAUUGAAGGGCAAUUCAUUGACGAAUUUGAAAGUGGCUUGAGUCCUUUUCUAGCCAAACACCCCAUGGAAGCCAUCUCUUUCUUCCUGCCAGUUAGCAUCGUCAAUAUCGUACUCUACGUCUAUAGACCUUACACCAAUUACUCUCGCCUCCGUCUUCAGAGUAUCUUCCAAGACUACGUCCAUUUAGUGUCCCACAGGUACCCUUUUUGGAAUCAAACCAGAGGCGCCGACCAUUUCAUGCUUUCUUGCCACGACUGGGCACCAGAUGUUUCAGCGGCCAAUCCGAAGCUUUUCAAGCAUAUGAUAAGGGUUCUUUGCAAUGCAAACACUUCAGAAGGGUUUCACCCAACGAGAGAUGUGUCGUUGCCAGAAAUAAAGAUCCCAUACGGAGGACUGGGUCCUCCUUACAUGACCAAACCUCCAAGCAACCGGACCAUUUUGGCCUUCUUCGCCGGCGGUGCUCACGGCGCCGUAAGAGAAACACUCCUCAGGUAUUGGAAAGAUAAAGACAAGGAUAUCGAAGUUCACGGGUAUCUUCCUAAAACAGCGAACUACAGUGAAUUGAUGGGAGAGAGUAAGUACUGCUUGUGCCCUAGUGGAUACGAAGUGGCGAGCCCUAGAGUUGUCGAGGCUAUAUAUGCUGCUUGUGUGCCGGUGAUUAUAUCUGAUAAUUAUGUGUUGCCGUUCAGCGAGGUUCUGAACUGGAGUGAGUUUUCGGUUCACAUUCCGAGUUCAAAGAUUGAGAAUAUAAAAGAGAUAUUGGAAGGGAUUACAAUGGAGGAGUAUUUGCAGAAGCAAGAGAAGGUGAUACAAGUGCGGCGACAUUUUGUGGUUCAUCGGCCAGCCCAGUCCUAUGAUCUUAUGUACAUGGUCUUGCACUCGGUUUGGCUCAGGAGGCUUAAUAUGAGACUCCCAGUCUUAUAA